CUCCCGACUCCAGCGGCUGCCAGGCGCGCCGGGGCGGAGGCUCGGCGAGGGCACAGCCAUGACCCUGCGGGCUGGGGGCGCUCGGCUGCUCGGCGGCCUCCUGCUCUUCGCUCUGCUCGCUUCGGGAGCCGCGCCGCUCAGCUGGGAUGCCCCGGAGGCCCGCAGCCGGGCGAGCAAGAUCCGAGUGCACCCGCGGGGCAACCUCUGGGCCACCGGUCACUUCAUGGGCAAGAAGAGUCUGGAAACCCUCAGCCCAUUCCUCUUGGGGACAGCUCCCCACAUCUCCCUGAGGGACCAGAGACGGCAGCUGAGUCACGAUCUGCCUAGGAUCCUCCUGCUAAAGAAAGUUCUGGGCGUGAGCCUCAGUGGCCCAGCACCUCACCCCCAGUACAGGAGGCUGCUGCCGCAAACGGUGCAGAAGUGACACCACUAAGGAGGAAGAUAUGACGACAAUGAAGCUUCUUAGAUCACGCCCACCCAGGGGAGGAGCUGAACAGGACCCCAGCAGUGACCUCAUCUGGACCUAAAACCUGGGCCUAAACCUCUCUUACUCCAUUAGUGUGAUUUCUGGUUGUGUCGCCAGGAAUAUUGCCAAUCAGAUACAAAUUAUGACCCUGCUGUAUUCCUUGCUUCCCUGUUGAAAUUGUGAAUAAAACCCAGCCUUUUAGGAAGAA